GUACUUUUUUACUAUUUCAGCCAGCAGUGUCUGUUGGAAAUGUCGGCCAGCUGGCAAUCGAUCUGAUUAUUUCCACGCUGAAUAUGUGUAAGAUUGGUUACUUCUACACCGACUGUCUUGUGCCGAUGGUUGGGAACAAUCCAUAUGCGACUGCGGAGGAAAAUUCAACCGAGCUCAGUACAAACGCUGAAGUGUAUGCGCUGCCUUCAAGGAAACUAGUAGCUCUUCAGUUAAGAUCCAUUUUUAUUAAGAUUUUCUUUUUAUGCUGUCGUUGGUACACAAAGUAUAAAUCAAAGCCAUUCUGUGAGAAGCUGCUCUCCUGGGUGAAGAGCAGCGGCUGUGCCAAGGUGGUGGUUCUCUCCAGCAGUCACUCCUAUCACCGCAACGACCUCCAGCUCCGCAGUACUCCCUUCAGGUACCUACUCACACCCUCUAUGCAAAAAAGUGUUCAAAAUAAAAUGCAGAGCCUUAACUGGGAAGAAAUGGAAAAAACCACAUGCAUUCCUGAGAUAGACGAGUCUGAGCUUUGUGUCCGUAUUCCUGGCGGAGGCAUCACAAAAACGCUCUAUGAUGAAGGCUGUUCUAAGGACAUCCCAGUGGCGGUUCUGCUCAAGUUUGUUUCGGAAGGAGACAACAUCCCAGAUGCACUAGGUCUCGUUGAGUAUCUUAAUGAGUGGCUGCAGAUGAUCAAACCAUGUACUUCUGUAUUCAUUUCCUAUUUUGGGUAUGACAAAUUAUCACACACUCAGUGGCAUAAGACAAAGCAAAUUUACUGCUGUACAGCUCCGGAGUCGGAGUCCACAGCGGGUCGCACCGGGCUGACGAAGGUGCUGGCAGGGCCGAGCUUCCUGGCCUGUCCAGCUUCUGGAAGCGGCCGCAUCCUUGGGCUCAUGGCUCCUUCCUCCGUCCUGAAAGCGGAAGCACAGCAUCUUGAAAUCUCUCCGGCUUUCACUACAAGGACCCCGUGACUGCACUGGGCCCACUGCAAUGAUCCGGAAUAAUUUCCCCAUCUGAAAAGAAUUCUAGCAUAAAAGAGAACAAGCUCCAUCAGAGAGUGCCUGCUGCACCCCAGGCGCUACCCGUGGCCCACGCACCUGC